UUGGCCAGAAAACGAAGGGGUGGCGGAGUGUCAUAACUAUAUAAGGCUGCUUGGUGUACAAAAGAAUAAUUCUAUCAGAACUUGGUGACACGACAACAACAAUGAGGGCAACCUCGGCGAAGACGCUCGUCUGCAUUUUAUUGCUGCUGGCACUGAAUGUUGGACAGACAUCAGGAUUCAAAGUGAAAAUCGGAUGGCUUGGAACCGUGACAGCCGGGUCGAGCACUACGUUCAGGUGCUCCUCCAACUGCCUCGCAAACUGCACGUACUCCUGGUCGUUUUUGGACAGGACGUUCAACGGGAGCACGCUGACUUGGACGCCGGAUGGACUGCACCGGUCGGUGUCGCUGCAGUGCACCGUACGCGAAAAUACAGGAGACGUCAGCACCGCAAGGAUCAUUGUAGAAAUUGAAAAUCCAGUGUCGGUAAAAAUCAGUCCACCCGGUGCUGUUCCGUCUCUGAGCCAGUCCGUAGAUCUCGUCUGUCAUGUUGAUGGAACCCCACCUCCCACCCAAUCACCGGAGCCAGUGGUCUGGUACAAAGACGGACAAAAAGUGGUCUGGCAUGACCACAUGCACUUGCGCCACAACACCACGCUCCAUUUCGAUUCAUUGAUACCAUCUGAUAGCGGAUUUUAUCAGUGUGAGACCCUGCUGAGCAAUAAAUGGGUUUUUAGUCUGGGAGCCCUGCUAAGUUUUGACACUCCGUGGAACGUCAGCAUCACUGGUCCCGACGCCGUGUUCCCAGGACGACUGAGCACGUUCACCUGCUUAAUGUCGUGUACCUUGAACGUGGACUGCACCGUGAAGUGGCCAUUUGAGGGCGGCUUCCCCCUGGGAAGCUACGUCUCCGUGCAUGAAAACGAGCUCUUGUGGAUCCCCUCUGUGCCCGGGACGUUCCAAAAUUUGACCUGCGUUGUAGAAAACGCAGCAGCCGGACUCUCAGUCAAAGCCACCAAGAUGGUGGCAGUUAGGGGUAUUCCACUCUCUGGGUCUUUACAGCUCACUGGAUUGUCCACUUUGGUUUUAGCACUGGCUCUCUUACUGUUGACUUACUAAAAACUUACUGGUACAUGUAUAUACUUUGAUUUGUAUUUUCGUUUCACUGACAUUGUAUUUGGUGAUAGAAUUUAAUUAAAGGGUGCAUAUUAUGAAACACAUGGUUCCCUUGCCACUUCGCACUUCACGUUUUGCGGCUCCAGUGCUUCGCGGUUUUUAGUCAUCAAAAAAAAAAAUGAUCAAAAAACAAACAAGAAAUAAUACAGCCAAGUCGGGAAAUUGCUAAAAGACACAUUGAUACAAGGCCCGUGAUUGGUUUUUGGUGCGACAUUGACCACUGAGAGUAUGAGUGGCUUUAUCCCGUGAGCUGAUUGGCCGGACAUCUUUGAAGCCUCACCCAGUAACUUCCUUUGUA